UGAUUUUAGCUAGCUUGAUGGCCGUGAGGAAAGUGAGAGGCAGUGGGGAAGUGCAUCUGGUGGUACCUCAUUCUCUCCCGUCGUCCCAGACUCCAGCCGGUGAUAAUCCCGUUAAUAUCUGCUGGAUAAAGGAGCACAAGUCACGCUGUCUGUACCACGUCAGUAGGCCGGUUCGGCGCGGUCACGUUUAUUUCCUCCCCGCCAAAAAAUUCUCCAGAAACUUCGGGUGUUUAUAGCGAAGAAAAGCGGAUAAAAAAAAAUGAACGCGAGUGAGCUAAAUCCCCCGCUAGCGGAGUAUGAUUUCGAGCGACUUUUCGACGAAAGACGAGCCCUGGAAUGGAUGCAGGAAAACUGGAGCAAGGCGUUCAUGUUCUGUGGCCUGUACGCUGCGCUCGUAUUCGGCGGUCAGCACUUCAUGAGGGCAAGGCCGAAGCUGAACCUGCGACGCCCGUUAGUGCUGUGGUCUCUCAGUCUGGCCAUCUUCAGUAUUAUAGGAGCACUGAGGACCGGACUGUACAUGCUGCACGUCCUCACGGCCAACGGCUUCAGACAGUCAGUGUGUGACACCAGCUUCUACAGCGCCCCCGUCAGCAAGUUCUGGGCCUACGCCUUUGUUCUUAGCAAGGCCCCCGAGCUGGGUGACACAGUGUUCAUCAUCCUCCGGAAGCAGCGCCUCAUCUUCCUGCACUGGUACCACCACAUCACCGUGCUGCUCUACUCCUGGUACUCCUACAAGGACCAGGUGGCGGGCGGCGGCUGGUUCAUGACCAUGAACUACGUGGUCCACUCGCUCAUGUACACCUACUACGCGGCGCGGGCGGCCGGCCUGCGGGUGCCCCGUCCCUGCGCCAUGGUCAUCACGGCCACGCAGAUCCUGCAGAUGGUGAUGGGCCUGGCGGUCCUGGGCCUGGUGUACCACUGGAUGCACGACGUGCACUGCCCCUCCAACGUGGACAACGUGGCGUGGGGCUUCCUCAUGUACCUCAGCUACUUGGUCCUCUUUGCCUUGUUCUUCUACGACACCUACCUCCGAGGCUCCUCCGGGGACAAAGGAUCCAAGGCAGAGUAGCACGUCUGGACUGUGCUGCCGAAAUGUGCCAUUACGUAGAAACGACCAACAGCGAGGGGCCACGAAUGUGUGAGUCACAACUAGGUAACUGGUUGCUCGGCCCUCCUCUUUUUAAGACCUUUUCACUUGACUUUUUAUAGGCAUCUGUAGCUUAACACAGUGGAUUUAGAGCGCUCGGAAGGAGAGCGGUUCCGACUGAGCACAGCUUAUGAUCUUGUGAUUAGUUGGGAGUACAGUCUGGGAAUUGAUUUAAGAAGGGGAUGGAGGAAUAACAUGUUUGUGUUUGACUUACAUAGUUCUCACUUCAUUUAUAUGAUUGCCUUGGUGACUUACUCAUGGCCAGUAUAAAACAAACAGCCCUAUGAGGGCUAAAUGUUUGCCAGAGGUGUUUAACAAAUGUUUGUAUGUGUAAAAAAAAAAAGUGAUCAUCCUUGAUGUAUACGUUAAAGCUCUGAAGUAGGAAAAAAAAAAGUACUUAUAUAUUGUUAAAGGAAUAGUUCAACAUGUUGGGAAAUGCUCCGCCUACAGUACUUGCAAACACUUACUAAAAAGAAAGGUUAAAAUCAAUGUGUGAGUUUAGGUGGGAGUUAUGUUACUUCUUGACAAGCAACAGUUUAUCCAUCCGCCCAGUACUACUCAUCUCAGAGUAUAGCGCGGGUUGCCAGGUGCAGCCGGUGCACAGGUUUUGGUGUCUGCAGAAAGACGGGCUGUUUGUACACAUAGCUAUGAAAAGUAACGCACUGUAAUUUGUGUGUAUUCCACGUAUUUAUUAUCGUGAGCAGCACAUUGACUGUUGCUGUAUGAGACGGCAAAGAUCCACAUAGGGAGGAGGUUGGGGUGGAUGUUUGACUCCUAAAACGCAGGGCUUUCAAGCCGGGGAGUGGAGCUCGUGUCCCGGAAGAAGUUAAGGGAAAAGACUUUCACCCAGGAAACGGGUGUUCGUGUCCUGGGAGUCCCGGUGU